CCUCCCAGCUCCUGACCCAGCCAGCAGACUCCCAGGAGGAGAUCACGGCCCGCCACCACAUCGCUGACCAGCUGGAGCGUCGCUUCAUCCCCCGCCCCUCUGCAAGAGCUCCCUGUUCGCAGAGUUCAACAACGAGCUGAAGAUCCUCAAGGAGGCCGUGCACAGUGGCUCUGCGUACCAGGGCAAGACGUCCAUCAGCACAGUGGGCACGUCCACCUCUGCCUACCGCCUGUCGCUGGCCACCAUGUCCCGGUCCAACACGGGCACGGGCACAGUGUGGGAGCAGGAGAGCCAGCCGUCACGCCAGCCCUCUCAGGACACGCUAAGCCGCACUGACGAGGAUGACGAACAGGAGCAGGAAGAGAAUGACUCUAUCAGUAUUCCCAGUGUGGUGAGUGAACAUGAGGUCUUCCUGCCCAGGCUCAUCACCCAGCGACGCUUCUCUAGUCACGCCACGGGCAGCGCCCAGCCUGAGCCCAGCACCCGCAGCACCAUGCUGCCCAGCCACAGUGAACCCAAUGUGCUAGAUGAGUCUCAAGGACUGGAAGAGGGUAACCUGUCUAGGGUGGCCAGUGUGCAGAGUGAACCAGGCCAGCAGAACCUCUUGAACCAACCUCCGCUGGGACGCAAUAGAGGACUGAGACAGUUGCGACGCCCCCUGCUGUCUCUUCCGAAGAGUGAGGCGCGAGGACCAGGUCGCUCUGGAGCCCGACUCUCCGCCACCCGCAGGAGCAUCCAGCCCAAGAACAAACCUCUGGAAACUUUAUUGGACUGCGAAGCCACCCACGUGUGGGACCAGAAGAGGGUGGUCACCUUCACAGAGGGCCAGCAGGCUCAGGCAAAGUCCCCCGACCCCGGUGGCGCCAAUGCGCACCCAGAGGGCAGGAAGGCCAGCCCGGCCCCUCCAAUCGCUCCCCCUGCUGCCCCUGGGGCCUCAUCCUCGGCCACCGUCAAAGCUGACCUCCACAGCCCUGCCAAGAAACAGUUAUCGAUGGAGAGCAAGGAGAAACGAGAACAGUGGGGCCUCCGCAGCAGCCUCUCUCCUCGGCCCUCCAUCUCCCGCGCCUCCACCCCCACCCCACCCUCCUCCUGCUCUCCUCUCCCUCCUCCACCUCUCCCCAUCUCCCGCGCCUCCACCCCCACCCCACCCUCCUCCUGCUCUCCUCUCCCUCCUCCACCUCUCCCCAUCUCCCGCGCCUUUACCCCCACCCCACCCUCCUCCUGUUCUCCUCUCCCUCCUCCACCUCUCCCCAUAUCCCGCGCCUCCACCCCCACCCCACCCUCCUCCUGCUCUCCUCUCCCUCCUCCACCUCUCCCCAUCUCUCGCACCUGUUCUCCCCUCCCCCCUCUGCCGAUCCUGGGGAUCCGACCCCCCGCUCCCCCCACCCACCUCUUCCAUCCUGGUCCGUCCUCCCAUCAGACCCCCGAGAGCCCCGAGGACGAGGACACGACUGCCCUGCUGGGGAGGAACGUAGACACCCUCCUCCACAUUUCAGAGGACAAUGGGGGCACAGAGAACCCCCUGCUCGCCCCCCUACUCUCCCCCCGCCGCUUGCCCGCCCUGGCCCCACACCACUCCCCCGCCCUGCCCCCCCGCCGCUCCCCCCUCCCCAUCUCCCCAGUCGACCUGGACCUGGAUGAGUCCCACGUCUGAGAAGCGUCCCUGUAACGUUUCAGUAACGUUUUGUUAACAUUUCAGUAACAAAACUCGUAACGUAACGUUAUAACUAGGGCCAGGAGUUUUUCCCUGACUGAACUUGCGUGACCGCACUAGGAAAAAGUCCUGGCCCUAGUUACAAGGCUCUAAACUACAGACGUAGGCUAUAACUAGGGCCCGGAGUUUUGACCCUUUAGGUUAAAUCACAUGGUCCGGCUGGGGAAACUCCUGGCCCUAGUUAUGACCCUGGCAGGGUGGCUUCUCUGUUUCGGUCCCCUUCUAUAUCUUUGGAGUCUGUGUUUAGACAUUGAGCUGCCUGAUAACUCUGUAUAUUUCUAGCUAAAGGAGGUCAGAGGGUGUUUGAAAAAUGAGGAACCUGUUGGAAUACUCUGAAAAUAAAAAUGCAUCCUCCCUUCCUUGAUCUGAUCUGACAUAAAAUGACUGGUGAAAUCAGUGCAGUAGAAUCCUUGCUCUCACCUAUCCAAUCACGUUAGAUUAGUGAUUACCUCGAGAAAAGAAGGGAGGAAAGAUGCAUCUUUAGAGUAUUAGAACAGGGCCAAGGACCAAUACCUGUUAGUGUUCUCGUCUUGCCCACUCCCCUGCCCCUCUCUCUCCUUCUCUCUCUGCUCUCUUCUGUCCUGUUAGAGCACCAAGAUGAAAUCCACACUUCACUAUGUCUACAGUCCCAGUGCCAGUACAUCCUCACCUCUGACAUUUUAACCCAUCUCAUACCAAAGUAUUCAAAUCAAAUGCAGAAUCAACAUGCCUUCUUCACACGUCAGGGUGGAUUAAUCCAUGGAGUCCCAACAGGUGAUCAGGUGGGACUGUUACUGUUGCUAGGUAGAUCACCUUCUAUUUGUUGUGUUCUAUUGAAAAGAGAAGGGAGAGUUUCCAGCCAUUGGCUGCUACAAACAGACAUCUGUUUACCUUUUGGUUGACCUUGUCACCUCCCAAGAACUGUUUACAGUGAAGCUGCUGAAGGGUAAACUGUUGACUAGAGAAAUUAAAUGUAUAUUAGCUAUAAUAUUAUGAAAUGUAUUAUAUUUAAACCUGAAGACUAUUUUAAAGAAAUAUUUAAUAUAUAUAAUUGUCAAAGUAUUGCAGAGAGACAUAGUAUGUUUGUCAUUAGGAUAAUAUAUUAGUGGCCUCCCAGGUGGCCACACUGCGGUCUAGGGCACUGCAUCGCAGUGAAGCGUCACUACAGACCCAGGUUCGAUCCCAGGCUGUGUCACAACCGGCCGUGACCGGGAGUCCCAUAGGGCGGCGCACAAUUGGCCUAGCGUGGUCUGGGUUAGGGGAGGGUUUGGCCGGGGGGGGCUUUACUUGGCUCAUUGUGCUCUCGUGACUCCUUGUGGCGGGCCGGGCACCUGCAGGCUGAAAUUAGAAGUCAGUUGAAUGGUGUUUCCUCUGACACAUUGGUGCAUCUGGCCUCCGGGUUAAGUGGGUGGGUGUUAGGAGCGUGGUUUGGCUGCUAAUGUUUCAGAGGACGCAUGACUCGACAUUUGCAUUUUUGUCGAGAAAAGGGGGGGGAAACCAGAAUGUUUAUUUAUUAAUAGAUGGAUAGAUAUAAUUAUUUGACAUAAUUAUUUAUAUUUAAUACUUAUAAAGUAUUUAUCCUCUUGGGGUUUCUAGGUUUGAUUGAUUGACAAUUGACACACUGGGUGGUUGUUAUUUUCCUGUUGAGUCUGUUAGAUGAGAAGAGGUUCUUUAUGGAGGUUGAGUCUGUUAGAUGAGAAGAGGCUCUUUAUGGAGGUUGAG